AUGAAUCUGAUCCAAAGAGAACCUAUUUCCCAUAAACUCCCAACCAGCAAUGUCACCAACAGUGUGUGCAGCAGCAACAGCAAUGGGCUCCAAAACCCCACCCCGCCUCUCACCCCAAAAGCCAUCCCCAGAUCUGACUCCAACCCCUACCCAACGACUUUUGUUCAAGCGGACACCUCUACCUUUAAACAAGUUGUCCAAAUGCUCACGGGCUCAUCGGAGACCGCCAAACCAUCGCCGAGGCCGAACCAAGAUCCAUCACAAGCUCCGUCCAAGAACCAUAGCAUACCACCUAUCAGGACUGCACAAAAGAAGCAACAAGGGUUCAAACUCUACGAGAGGAGGAACAACCUCAAGAACAGCCUCAUGAUCAACACCUUGAUGCCGAAUUUUGCUCAGAACCCCGGGUUCUCGCCGCGCAAGCCGGAGAUCCUCUCGCCAAGCCUGCUUGACUUUCCUUCACUUGCUCUUAGCCCUGUGACCCCAUUGAAUGGAGAAGACCCGUUUGACAAAUCCUCCUCGCCGUCUCUGGGAAGCUCAUCGGAGGAGGAGAAGGCCAUCGCGGAGAAAAAGUUCUACUUGCAUCCGUCGCCGAUGACGACUCCAAGAGAUUCCCAGCCACAGCUUUUGCCUUUGUUUCCCGUGACUUCGCCAAGAGUUACAGGGUCUUCUUCCUGAUCGAGAGAGAUCUUGUAUGAAGGGUGUUACGGUUUAAAAGGAGGGAUUCAUGGCGGGUUUAGGAUGGUUCUCAAUGACAAGUAGACAUCUUGCUUUUUAAUUGUACAAUUUCAUCCCUCUUUUUCAUAGAAUGAUGACGGUCUUCGUUUUA